AUGAAGGGAUUCAGACAGAGAGUGCACGAGCAGUUGUCACGGGCGAAGGAUGCGAACAAGUCGUCGAAGAAGAAAGACUCCAACUCCACAUCCUCGGGCCAGGCAUCUCUCGGAACUACCAAUACACAGCAACCGACAUCGCCCAACCAAGGUACCCCGGCAUCAUCCACAACAUCUCUCAAUGAUGCGCGAAAGUCGCCGGACAAUGCUUCCCCGGGAGGUACCCCAUCCGGGGGCGCCGCCCCAGCCCAGCAUUACACCUCUCAAGGAGCCGGUAUCCCAGGCCAGUCUGCAAAUAAUGGACCAGGUACCCCGACGCGACAAGGACAGCCUGUGGCUCCUAGCGUGAUCAUUAGCCCCAGCGCUCCGGUAAGAUCGCCUUCCCCCUCGGACGAAGCAUGCUCCUCCCCUGGAGCUGCCGAGACGAUGCCUGGAGAUCUCGCACCACCAAGGAAAUCCCACGUAUUCGAUCGCCUUCAGACUACCCCGAAAGAUAUGUCAGAAGGAAUCCGGACCCCUAAGCGCCAGCACUCAUCGCGAUUCGACAUUUCCGACCAGCGCCAACGAGAGCUAGAGAAAUUGCCAGGCUUCCAUGAGGUAGCGCCUAACCGACGCCAGGAGCUGUUUAUGCAAAAGAUUGAUCAGUGCAACAUUAUCUUUGACUUCAAUGAUCCUACGGCAGACAUGAAAUCCAAAGAGAUCAAAAGGUUGGCCCUUCACGAGCUCUUAGAUUACGUCGCCAACAACCGGUCCGUGAUCACUGAGCCCAUGUACCCUCGGGUGGUAGAGAUGUUCGCCAAGAACCUGUUUCGACCCAUUCCCCCACCGAUGACCCCACAGGGCGAAGCAUUCGAUCCUGAAGAGGAUGAGCCUGUUUUAGAAGUUGCUUGGCCACAUAUUCAGGUUGUCUACGAGUUCUUCCUGCGAUUUAUCGAGAGUCAGGACUUCAACACCAAUGUUGCGAAGCAAUACAUCGAUCAUCAUUUUGUGCUACAGCUGCUCGACCUGUUCGACUCAGAGGACCCUCGCGAGCGCGAUUUCCUCAAGACAACCUUGCACCGGAUCUACGGCAAAUUCUUGAAUCUGCGAUCAUAUAUCCGGCGAUCUAUCAAUAAUGUGUUCUUCCAGUUCAUGUACGAGACUGAGAGACACAACGGUAUUGCUGAACUACUGGAAAUUCUGGGCUCCAUCAUCAACGGCUUCGCCUUGCCUCUCAAAGAGGAGCACAAGUUGUUCCUGACCAGGGUUCUGCUUCCCAUGCACAAGGUCAAGAGCCUCAGCAUGUAUCACCCGCAACUGGCCUACUGUAUCGUUCAGUUCCUGGAGAAGGAUUCGACCUUGACAGAAGAUGUUGUUCUUGGUCUGUUGCGCUACUGGCCGAAGACGAACAGCACUAAGGAGGUGAUGUAUCUGAACGAGGUAGAAGACAUCUUCGAAGUCAUGGAUCCGGCCGAGUUUGCGAAGGUGCAGGAGCCUCUUUUCAACCAGCUUGCCAAGUCUGUAGCCAGUCCCCACUUCCAGGUUGCUGAGCGUGCUCUUUAUUUCUGGAACAACGAGUACUUCUGCAACCUGGUGAGCGACAAUGUGGAGACCAUCCUUCCGAUUAUGUUCGCCCCGCUUUACGAGAACUCCAAGGGCCACUGGAAUCGGACCAUCCACAGUAUGGUUUACAAUGCCAUGAAAAUGUUUAUGGAAAUCAACCCACAGCUCUUUGACGAGUGCUCUCACGAGUACACCGAGCAGCAAAACAGCGCCGAUCAGCGAGAGAAGUCCCGACAGGACCGGUGGGACACGAUUGAACAGCAAGCGACAAGCAGAAAAAACGGAGUUCCUCCACCUCCCGCCCCUGUUCUCGACGUGCCCGAGCCAAUCGAUGAGGUUGAGGCUAUGACCAAUGAAAGUCAGAAGAAAUUGAACACUUUGAAGCUCCAGGAAGACAACGAGAUCUCCAAGGAUCGACCUGCGCGGGAAGGAACUCCAACUUCGGUGAGUUCAGUACAUCUCUGA